ACCCGCCAGAUUGGCUAGUGAUUUGACAACUUUACCCCCCACAGCUGAUUUUUCUGUGUUAAUUUCAAACCCUGUAUAUAUAUUACAUUACAUUACACUCAUGAUGAAUUCUAGGCACGCGAGCAGGCUCGUAGUUCACUUAAGAAAACCGACUCAAAGAAUCGACUCAUUCGCAAACAACUCUAUAGAGCCGUCUGAUGGAUCAGGUCAGUCGCAAAAGAGCCCACAGGAAGGUGAAGAGAAGUGAGUGAACAUUGCUGCAAAUCGUAAACAGAUCGUGGGGAAACAGCUCGUUUAAAUAAGGACACGGUGGAACGGAGGCAAGUUCAUCUGUAAAGCUCUCCCUGCAAUUAAAAUGUUUCUAUAUAUCUUAGGGCUGAUGGCCUUAUUCUAUGUCUACCAGUGGUUUAGAGAGCUGAAGCAAGUGCCAAACAAAUCAGAGAAAUAUGUCUAUAUUACGGGGUGUGACACAGGCUUUGGAAACCUUCUGGCCAAACAUCUGGACAAAGAUGGUUUCUGUGUUAUUGCUGGCUGCUACACAGAGAAAGGAGAAGUUGAGCUGAAGAAGGCCUGCUCAGCCAGACUCUCUACUGUUCAAUUAAAUGUUACUGAUAAUGAUAGCAUCAAGAAGGCUGCAGGCAUCAUUAAAACCCUGGUGGGAGACAAAGGUCUCUGGGCUGUUGUAAACAAUGCAGGAAUAUCUCAGCCAUCAGGGCCCAUUGACUGGAUGGUUAUUGAUGACUUUAAAAACAUGAUCAAUGUGAACCUAUUAGGGGUCAUUGCUGUGGCUAUGAGUGUGUUACCCUUCAUUAAGAAAGCUAAGGGCCGUGUUGUCAAUAUCUCCAGUGUGCUUGGAAGAAUAACUUUAUCUUCAGGACCAUACUGUGUCUCAAAAUAUGGAGUGGAGGCUUUCAAUGACUGCCUGAGGUUGAACAUGAUACCAUUUGGAGUUAAGGUAGUGUGCAUUGAACCAGGAUUCUUCAAAACAAGCAUGUCAAACACUAGUGUUUUACAGGACAGCUUUCAGAAAUUAUGGGACAGACUGCCACAAGAUGUCAGGGAUGACUAUGGAAGUGACUACAUUGAUCAAGUGAAAGUAAAGCUGUCGGAGGAGAUGGAGAAGAAGGUGGAUGGAGAUCUGAUGAAAGCGGUGAGCUGUAUGGCACAUGCUGUCUCUGCUGUCCAUCCUCGCACCCGCUACUCUGCCGGCUGGGACGCAAAAUUCUUCUGGCUGCCUCUGUCCUACAUGCCAUCCUUUAUCUCUGAUGCCAUACUAUUAAAACACAGUAUCAAACCUAAGGCUUUCAUUUAAUAUGCCACAUAAGUCUUGUACAGAGAUUGUAUUCCUUUUCUAAUGUCACAAGACGUUAAUCACUAAAAUCUACAAAAUAAUCAAAUGUAAUAUUACAUGUCAGUAAUUCUAAUACUUAUUAGUAAUAAAUAAUUAGGAUAGUUUGGUUCGAGAGUGAGACGGCGCCUGAGGGGCAGAGCAGCAAGAACAUAAACUGACUGGAUGAAAAAAUUUGUAAAAAUUAUUCUUUCCUGUUAACGGGUUGUUGGUAAUUAUUGAUUGUAUCUACUAACUUACAGUAUACAUACAGUAAUGAGACCAUGUAAUCAAUUAUUUUAUACAAAUACCAUUGUCAUAUGACUCGGAAUGACAUGUAAACAUGACUGUUUAUAGAAUCACAGUUGCACAUGUAACUAGCAUUUUUCACCCCUUCAAAAUGUUCCAUUGACUAGUGAGAGCACCUGUGGCCUCGGUGGCAGGAGAUUGAUUGAGGAAUUGCUGCAAUGUGGGCAGAAUCAGUAUUAGAGGUGGGAAUAGAGUAGCCUGUGAGGCCAGUUAUGGGCAAUUGUCAUCUGCUCUAGAGGACUGUCCAGCUCCAUCAGAUUGAACCACAUUGAUGUGUUCUACUCUCACACUGGGGCUCCACAUGCCUACUGUGCCUCUUGGGCAUCACUCUGCUCCUAGAACUUGAAGUAGGCAUCCAUGGGGACUAUCUCUCUCCAAAGUGACACCUUUUCAUGAGACAAGCCUUGUUCUCCAGUGAGUUACAGCUGAAGACCCACCUGCUGAGAUGUGGACAUGUCUCUGUCUCUGGCGUUUAGUGUUUGGUUGCACCCUUAGUUAUUUGUGGCAGCAGUUAACAGUUCUAGCACAGAAUAUAUCAACCUGGUCAAAUGUGAUUGGUGAAUGCUAUAAUUGUCUGUCACACAUUAGGUUGACAUUGAGCAUUCUCAAGUAUUCAAGCUUCCUGCCGAUGUGGCAGGUGUCACAGAGGGCUGUAAUAUGCCUGAGGACAGUGGUCUUGUCUCCGAUUGUCUACUCCUUGAUGGGAGCCAGUCAUCUAAAUACUGCGUAUCUGGCCAUCAGAGGCAACAGGGCUGCCUGUAUGCAUCUUGAAAAUACUGUGGUGCUAGAAAUUGCCUGAAGGGUAGGACAUGAAUGAAUCAGAAUGCCUGUUCUUGUCAAGCAAACCUAAAAAAGCAUUUCUAUUCUAUAUAAAUAUGCAUUGCCCAGGUCCACUGACAUGAAACUGAGGUGAUGUUUUGUGGCUACCCAGCAUGAAUAACAUGAUAGCUUUAAUAUACAGAACAAGAAGGAUUUUAGGAGCUAGUUCCCUCUCAUAUCUAGAAUACAAGAGGCAACAAACUUCUUAGAACAAGGCACUGAGUCCCAGUGUGUGGGAGUGCUGUUUACAAAUGGGGUGGGGCACUCUAGUGCCUGUUAGGGACCUGAGAGCAUGACUCUUGCAAUGAACAAUGAGCCGAGGGGGAAAAUCGCAAAUAUGUAUGAGAAAUGAUAUCAAGAUACUAAAGGAUGAUUUUAAGUGUCAUUGAGCAAGAAGGUAAUGGCCUAAAACAAUAAGAAUAUGUAUCCCAAAUUCCCACAUAUAUAGAAUAUGAUAUAAAUAUUUCCUUAACAUGUUGAUAGUAAUUAGCUUGAGGAUUUCAAAAAUGUACAACGUGUUGGGGUAUUUUGUUUUAUUAACGGCAAGAAAGAGGUUGAAUUUCAAAAAAAAGAUUCUAAAUUUAUCUGAAUUCAGAAAUUCUGAAUGAUUUCUUAUGGUCGCAGACUUGUAUUUGACAUUUCCCCUAGACUACAGCAUGUUUCAUACAGAAUGAUCCUGCUUUAGCACUUAAUGGGUAUUCUGAUUCUGUGGCUGAUUUUUCUCAAGCUCAGCAACAGGUCUUGAUCACUAGCGUGGUUGCAGCAAAGAAGAUUAUUCUUAAUUGGAAAUGAAUUUAAAAUCAGCACUGUUUUGUUUUAAAAGAUGUUUGUCUAGGCUGACAUGUAGUGCAGAUAGAAAGACUGAGACGUUUUGUAAUGAAGGCACAGUGGCAUUUCUGCUCAUUUUUUUUGGGCGGGGGGUGGGGAGUGUGGUUAUUCUUCUUGUGUUUGUGUUUAUAAAAUAUCAAAAAAAGGCAUUUCAGAUAUUUCUAUAAGUCUGAUGGUUUGAUUUCAGUUUGUAUCCAUACACCUUUCCUGGAGCAUUCCCUCUGAAUGUAGAUUUUUAAGACAAAUAUUUGAUUGCAGUAGCCUAUUCUGGAUGAGUUAUAUGUACAGGAAUUGUAUGGAAGAUUGAAUAAAUUUUAGGGAAGCUGGAAAACUGUGACAAAGAAUUUUUUGUUUUGUUUUUUUAGAAUAAAAAAAAAAUUAGAACAAAAGCUGUAUUGAGAAAGAAGUAAUUGCAGAAAUAGUAGGCAUAAUGCUGAUAACUAUUAUGGCAUUAUAAAAUUGAAGUGAAAUUAUAUUUGCAAUUAGCAAUACAAAUAUAGAGGAAAUAUAUAAACAUUUUUAUGUGGUAUUAUCAGUUCCUGACAUGUGACCUGGUAAGAGAGCAGGGGAUAAUGGGAAUAUAUAUUCUAGGUUCUAGUAUUAUAUGGGUUUUAUUUUUACAGAUAUUUUGGGGAUAUUUGAUAUGAAUACAUAUGACAUACAUAUGAAUACAUGAUAUAUGAAAAUUGCAAUGAUCUAUAUUAAAAUCUUUAACUAGCUAGCUGUCACAGUGAUGUGUUAGUUGUCAGGAGGUUGGGGGUUCAAGCCCCAACACCACCAAGCUGUCACUGUUGGGCCCUCGAGGAAGGCCCUUAACCCUAUCCAUUCCAGGGGUGCCAUAUUGCUGACCCUGGAGAGAGCGCUAGUCAUUCACUCCCUCCACCCACAAUCCCUGCCGGACCUGAGACUCGAACCUACAACCUUCAGGUUCACCUUCGGGUUGCAAGUCCGACUCUCUAUCCAUUAGGGAAGCACUGCAAGACCAUUCUAAAGUCAUGAAAUAAUUAUCUGUGUCCUUCCUGAAUGACUACUAUCUUGUGACGCUUAUACCAAUCAUAAUAUAGUCUUUGAGAUGCUAGUCUUAGGCACAUAAAGAUCAAACUCCCUACACUGAUGAAUGCCCUGCAGCUUACAUAUCAGUUAACUGAUGGCUCCAUAUGCUUCCUCUUGGCAAAACUUCAGUUAAGCGUUCAACACAAUUCCCACAGGUGGUUUACUCAUCUUUGCAAAAAUUUGUUGAUGAUCCUGCUGAUCCUGUUUUUUAGUGUUAACUCCCUUGUCCUAUUUUUAUUUUAUUAUGCUGCAUGUCAGUUGUUUUCUGGAACUAGUUAAACAUGUAUAGGCAUGUAUGUGGAUAAGUGUAUAUGGAUGGAAUGACAAUAAAAAUCCACUUUACUGCA